AUGAGGACGCAUUUGUUGAGCUCGAGCUACCAAUUGUAUUAUUUGGCGACCAAUCUAUUUGGUAGGGAGACGAAAUGUGGCUUGGCCACAGAUGAUGACGUGGAAGCCUUGUUGGCAACUGCCGACUAUCCCAUGUUGUACGUUGAGCACUACAACGGUCCGAUUGAAGAAGUCUACAUCCCUACUUUUGAUUUUGCUCAACCUUCGGGACACAUAGAUGAAGCACAAUGCAAUGAUGAACCUGAGCACGAAGCUGAAGCCUCGGUUGCAUCAGGAGACGAUGAUGAUUCUGAGGAAGAUGAUGAAGAAUUUGACCCUGCGCUCGAGGUGGGCACUGCUUCUGAUGCCUCUGAGGAUUUAUUAGACGACGAUCUAAUCGAUUUCACGGAGACCGAGCGAGCAGUGGACGCCUCGGCUUCGCUGGUUGCUCGCGAGAGUGACCCUUCUAGAGUUGAUGAUCUGCAGAAGAAUUCUUUUUACAACAGCAAAGACGACCUGAUCAUUGCUGUUGGUUUGUGGAACAUGAAGCGAGGCACUGAGACAAAAGUUGUCCGCUCAGAUCCGGGACGAGUCUAUUUCUCGUGCAAGCACUCUGACAACUGCAAUUUCGAUCUUCGGGACUUGCGCACAGCUAAAAAAAUCAAGGCGCACUCGAAGGUGGUUGCAGCGUUUGUGGCAAACAGAAUACGCGAUGAUGGAGAGGUCAUUAAGCCGAAAUCCAUCAUGGCGGAGUUAGUACGCGAUUUCGGCAUCAAAAUCAAAUAUGAUGUCGCGCUGCGUGCAAGAAAUCUCGGGAUGGAGAUGAUAUAUGGUCGAGUUAAUGAUUCGUUCCUCCUGCUCCCAAGAUAUCUGUAUGCCCUGAAGGAAGCGAAUCCUGGCACCUUGUUUGGUUUGGAAGUAGACAUAGACUGUCGGUUCAAACAUUUGUUUGCUGCUCUUGCGGCUUCCAUCUCACCUUUCUACUUUCAUCUUCGACCAGUGAUUGUGGUUGACGGCACACACCUGAAGGGAAAAAAUAGUGGCAUUUUGUUUGUAGCCGUGACAAAAGACGGAAACGAGGCAGUUUUUCCCUUGGCGAUCGGUGUCGGUCCGAUCGAGAAUGAUGAGUCGUGGAAGUGGUUUAUGUCACAUCUGAGAGGUGCUUGCGGCGAGCCCGAUAACUUACUUAUUGUAUCUGAUGUGCAUGUCUCCAUCGCUAAUGCUGUGAAGAGCGAGUUUCCAAAUGACAAAUCCACGCCCAAAACAAAUGCGUGUAGCACCAACAGGUGGGCCACACGCAGUGCUAUCCCGCCGUCGGGGUCGACAACAUCCGUCAUCCGCUCAAAAAAUAAGUCGCUCAACUCCUGA